AUGAGGAUCCAUUCGCCGUGGACGCUGGCGGCGGUGGCGGUGCAGAUUCUGGGCCUGCUGGGCCCGCGGGCCGCAUUGUGCGCGCCCCCGGCGGUGGGCGUGGCCGUGAUGGAGAGGCAACACGGAAGACACCAUGAGCAACAACAGGACGGCCAGAUGAAUAUGGUGGUGGGUCCGUCUCCGCUGGCACCGGAGGAGCCACCACGCGAGCGGUGGGAACAUGAACAGCAGGAGCAGCUGCUCGGUGAGAGUCCUUCUGCGGCGGGCGCGGGAAUCGAAUCGUUGUUCUCGGAUACGCCGUACAGAAUAAUCCCCUUUCCGCCGCUGUUCGCCGAGUCGAUCGUGGCGCAGCAGGCACGCACCGCCUCCUCCUUCAACGACGAGGACGACGAUCGUCACAGUGAAGAAGACGGUGGAACAAAAGACGGCCAAGACUCAGACUCAGACAAUCCCACCGUCUCCCGCCCGACGCGGUACUACUCGACCGUGCUGGGCCGACGGCUACUGGCCCUGUCGUCGCACGGGGUCUUGACGACCGUGUUCCCCGCGAACCUCUCGUCGUCGGAUCCCUCCACCCACGGCGUCCCCGCGUCGGUGGCGGACACGCCUAUCGGGCUCCCCGAGUACAUCGCGUCGUGCGAGGAGCCGAGCGGCAACCCCACGAUCCUGUCGCUCAAGGUGUCGACGUCGACGCGCAACGCCGUGGCCGGCUCCAACGUGUCGCUGACCCUCAGCUGGUGGGACGAGUACAUCCACCUGACGGGCAAGCAGCCCUGGGCCCUGGCCAACCUCCCCCGCCUGAGCCUGACCGGGUACCUGGAGGAGAUCUCGGCGGACGAAGUCAGCCAAAACUCCAUCGAGACCUGCUUCUUGCAGAAGCACAGGGACAGUGUCAUGUGGCUGCCCGGCCGGAAGUGGGCGGCACAUCAAGGCUAUUGGACUCGGCUGGUCGUGACGCAGGCGUAUUGGAUAGGCGGGUUCGGGGACAAGAACUAUAUUGGCUGGUUUGACCCUGACGAGUGGAGGACGGUGAGGAAAGAAGACUGGGAGGGUGUUAGAUUGCCGGGGGAAAAGGAGUGA